CAUCCAAUUUAUAAACAUCGUUUUUCCAACAGAUUUAGCCAUGUUUCUAAAACAUCUAAAUCACAAUCCUGGCGGGGAAGAAGAGUUCGACGAUGAUAUGACAAAUGUAAACAUUGCUAAGGCUGUGGCGAUGACUUGCCUCUUCAUCGCAUCGUUUUCUUUGGGCACCCUCCCGAUUAAACUGAACAAAUGGUUGAAAUGGGAGACGGACGCAAAAAACAACUACUACGUAAAGCUGUUGUUAUCGUUUGGUGGUGGAGUCCUGUUCUGCACAACUUUCAUGCACAUGUUACCAGAAGUGGCGGAAGGAGUGGAGAAUUUAGAAAUAGAACCUUUCGAAAACUACGAACUGCAUCUUGCUCAGCUACUAAUGUGCACGGGAUUUUUUGCCAUGUAUUUUGUGGAAGAGCUCGUCCACGCGUGGAUUCAUAAAAGGGAAGGGUUGUCCGCAGUAAGGAAAAGUCUUUCGGUGAGAAGAGGAGACUUGGACGACGGAAAGAAGCACAGUCAUAACCACAAUCACAGUCAUAUUCAUAACAACAAUCACGACCACGUACAUCAAGAUCACAGCCAUGUUGUGUUGAUUGAAGCUGAUUCUACAGUAAAAACUGUCAGGGGGUUGCUAAUCGUUUUGGCCUUGUCUAUUCACGAACUAUUCGAGGGGCUGGCUGUCGGGUUGGAAGGCUCGAGCGUUGCAGUAUGGUACAUGUUUGGAGCAGUCAGUGCACAUAAAUUUGUAAUUGCGUUUUGCAUCGGUGUGGAAUUGGUUACGCUAAAGAUGAGGACGCUACUUAUUGUAAUUUAUGUGUUCACAUUCGCAGUAGUGAGUCCAAUUGGAAUCGGCGUGGGCAUCGCUGUGACUAACACUGAAGGCGACUACACAGAACAAGCUUCAGUGUUUUUGCAAGGGUUAGCAUCGGGCACCCUCUUGUAUGUGGUAUUCUUUGAAAUUCUGCAGGCUGAUAGAAAAACCGGAAUUAAACAAUUCUUUGCUGUGUUUAUUGGUUUCUUGUUUAUGGUACUGAUAACGAUUUUCUGUUAGUUUAUUUUUUAUGAGAUGUGUUUACUGAAAUCUUACUGUGAUUUUUGUUUUAUAAUCAUUAUUUAUUAUAUUAUUUUAUUUUAUGCGUUUUAGUCAUAAAAUGUGAUUUCUUAUAUGAUGAUGAAUAAUAACAAAUUUAUUUUAUAUUUACAAUUAAAAAAUAUAUAUUUUGUGUCCAUAUCUCUGUAAUAUUUUAUUUACAAUUUUACUGUUAUUCAUGUAGGUACGAGUUUCUAAAUAGUUAGAUAUCAUUAAUAAUAAGUACAAGUGUAUGUAAAGACGUACUCAAAAAUUGAAACAUUGGAUACUGUGUAUAUUUAUUUUUUUAA